ACUGGACAUCCGCGACAGGAUCACCAACAAACUACUCCCCUAGAUUGUCAGUCAAAAAGCGAGAAGGAGUUGGUUGAAACCGAGGUAUCAAUCAGCCGUCGGAAGAUGAUCACAAUGAAUUUGAGACACCGUGAGCCUCUAUAACCAGAUGCUUUGAUUGCCUAUGGAUAUAUUCGGCCGUUGUAAUGGUCCUGGUGGUAGUGGUGGAGCAAUAACAGGAAAUACUGGAGGUAGAGCGGCAACGGCCGCUGAUUCAGCGACAGCUAGUGGAAACGAUACGACCGAGGGUAACGGAACAGGUGGUAGAAUGCAAUUGACUGGUGCAUCAGCACCUGGGACCGCGGCCUCACCAGAGUCCGGGGUCUCACCCCUUGCUGACGCCUACACCAAGAUGACAACCGACAUCCUGACGGAGAGAACACUCGGUGAUUUUGUCAGCGAACAUCCUGGGGAGCUCGUCAAAACAGGCUCUCCACACUUGGUCUGCACUGUUCUACCAGCUCACUGGAGAUCCAACAAAACCCUUCCGGUGGCAUUCAAAGUCGUGGCACUUGGGGAAGUUGGUGAUGGCACAUUAGUGACUGUCAGAGCUGGUAAUGACGAGAAUUGUUGCGCCGAGCUGAGGAAUUCUACGGCGUUAAUGAAAAAUCAAGUUGCCAAGUUCAAUGAUCUGAGGUUCGUCGGGAGAAGUGGCAGAGGGAAGAGCUUCACACUGACGAUAACUGUUUCGACGUCUCCCCCUCAGGUCGCGACGUACACCAAAGCCAUCAAAGUCACCGUCGACGGGCCCCGAGAGCCGAGAUCCAAGACCAGUGAGUAUCACUUGCUAUCAUUUCUAGGGCAUCAGCAGCAGUUUCACGCAUUUGCAUUUGCCUCACAACGGGGUACACCAUUCUUUGCAUCACCACUUGUCGAUUCACUUCAGCCACUACCGAAUCCACUUCAACCACUGCCCAAUCCACUGCAACCGAGGGAUCCACUGUCGUCAUUCAGACACGCAAUGCCGGGAAAUUGUCAGAACAUGUCUCAGUUUGGAUUGACAGCUGGCAACUCUUGGGGGUAUGGAAGUACAGCUGGUUAUGCUGGAUACUUGCCUGGUCCGUUGUCAUCCUGCGCUGCACAAGCACAAUUUCCACCACCCCCACCGCCACCACCACCACCACCAUCUGCUCUAGCUUCUUUCGCGAGUACCACGGCAAUGAAUACACCAACAGCACCUGAUUCAACAGCGGGUACCACUGUACCUGCUGCCAACACCAGUCGACCUCAGCAAGACGCUUUUACUGCUGUCUCUUCGUUGGUUCCAGAUACCACAACCCCGGGGCAAGCUGAUCCCCUCGAUCCUCUAUCCUCUUUGAUGUCUGGAUCUACCACGCAGAGGUAUCAAGAUUACGUGUCACCGAGAUCUCUGUCAACAGAUUCAAAUACAACAGACAGUCCAGUUCAUGAGGAGGGCUUUGGUCAAAACUACAAUUACUUUCCAACACCUGGUGUUCUACCAAGUAUUCUCUACUCUCAAAUAUACGGAAAUCAGUUUCAGAAUUCAGAGAGCCCCGAGCAAACAGCCGUCGCCGAAAGCUGCAGUGUCAGACAAGAGGAAGUUAGACCAGAUAAUAAUGUUUGGAGACCAUACUGAAAAUUGGUAAAAUAGAGUGAACAUUGGUGCUUGUGAAAUUACGGUGUUGUAUUAUUUGAGAGCGUUUAUUGACUCUCACUUGUAAAUUUUCAUGAAACUUUGAGACAAGAGUCGAAACAACUUGGGCAUUAAACCUUGUAAUACGGUGGGACGUGAGGAUAAUUCAAACUCUUCAACGCACGUACGAAAAAGAUUCAUAUUAAAACCUUGAGUACUCAAUACGAUCGAAUGAUCGAAUGUGAGAACAAAAGUCCAUAAAAUUUCCAGAUUUUCGUAUGAAACUUUUUCAUAAAUUAAUUGUUUUCAUAGAUUAAUUGUUGAAUUGAUCAUGUCCCCGGUUGUCAACGAAAUGACAAUUGAACGAUAAACAGUGGUAUGGAAAGUGAGAUUCAAUGAGAGUGAGACUGAAGAAUGUAAAUAAAAAUAAAUUGUAAAUAUAAAAUGCAAUCCGAGUCCUCGAAAAUACGGGGGAGCAGAUACCGAAGAAUCAGACAAAAGCAGAAUGUUUCAUUUAACGUUUUUAUAGUAUAUUUGUGUUAUGAAUAUUCGGGUCACGUGCAAUAUCUGAUGGUCUUAGGAGAUUAUGUUUGUUAAUUUCAUAGCCAUAAUUCCGUAUUUCGUGUUAAACAUGACAACUAGCUUCUGAAUCCUACCGAAGUGAAUGUCUCGAAAGAAAAAAAUGAAUUAAACUGACGAUUAAACGAAUAA